CCACUGACUACAUUCAUCGCAGGUUCAAGCAUGGCGGACGACAAGUGAUUUUCAGUGUUCCAGCGUCUUCCAGCAUAUCUUCCAAUGUCAUGCUACUAAGAUGCCUGUUUUACGUCCUAAUACCCUUAUCGUUGGCCUUCAUGAUAACAUGGAUCAAAGUUUUAGAUCGUGCCAAGGUAGAACUAGGCCUGCAACACUACGCAGAGAAAGGAGAUCCAACUUCCUUCCUCAAAAUGCCGGCCAAUGCUCUUGUGAACUUUGGUUACAGCAUCAUAGGAAUGUACUGGAUUAUCUUCACUAGAAGGAGUGAGAAAAAGCUUGGAACAGAAGUGUUCUUCUAUUAUAUUUUUUCUUGGAUGUCUGUAUGUUACGGGUUUGUCCAGUUUGGAAGGAUAGUCUCCCAGACUAAAAUGUUUGCCAUUAUUGACCAAUGGGUGACUCUUCCUUUCUUCGCCUGGGUCGUCUGCUGGAAUGAGUUUGUUUAUCGCCAGUCGUUAUGGCAGUCAAGCCGAUUUUCAUCCUACAUGCGCAUGUCUUUUUUUAGCUAUUUUUGUGUCUUGUUACAUGAAUAUGGUUUUGAGUUUGUACUGGGAUUACACAUCUUGGCGGCCAUCAUCUACACCAUUCGCACACAGGAUCGUGUUGGAACACAACUUUCAAUAAAAUAUUUUUGGUUUGCUAUUCUUUGCUGUACAGGAUUUGUUUUUCUUAAGCUAGGGGAUCAUUAUUUAGGUCAAUUUUCUUACUUUCAAAGAUUUAGCGGCCAUUUUUGGUCAAAAGUUUGUGACAUAGGCCAGGUACAUUUCGUAUGUAAGUACUUCCAGAGUCUUCAGAUCAUUCCAAAAGAAAGUAAAGGUGUGAGUAAAAGAUUAAGGAAAAAAUAUUGAAUGAGAGAAAGGCUGUAUGACACGUAGACUGUUUAUGACUUGCCUUCUGAGUCCUCUCAAAUCUGUCAUCUUAAACAAAUUGUAGCUCAAGUUUUCCCCCCUACCCUUUGCAUGCUUGUAAAUGAUUCCCAUUCACUUCACAAGAGGGUUAGUAGAGACUUUGGUUCUUAUGACAUUAUUAUUUUGUUCACACUGCAGUCCAUUCACAGUGUUAGCCAAUCACAAUUUGGAAUGAAAGUUUGAGCUAACCAGGAGAGCAUAGUCAGCAGCAUAUUGACCUCGGCCAAUCAUGUUUCAUUCCCACUGCCGGUAAACGUUUGUCACAAUUUGUUUGUGUGGUUAUGAUUGGCUCAUGCUGGAAUGCUUAGAUUUUAUCUUCAUCAUGAUUGGUUAACUUUGUAGUAAAAUAGGUUGUGGUUGAAAUAUCUGUACAAUAUUUCAGGGAAAUURAUAAACUUCAGACUUAACAUGUA